UUAUCUUAUUUUUAUCUUUUUUCGACACGUACUAUUAACUACGCAAUUUUGAUAAAAUCGUCUUGACACAUGAUAACAUGUGACACUAAGAGGUCACAGAUAUCAGAUAUAUACACACACAGACAUUAGUCAAUCUGCGUCAUGUUUAGUACAGUUCAACGUGUAAAAUUGAUGAACACAGACACAUUUGAGAGGUGAAAUACUAUUUGCAAGUAGUGGUAAGAGUGUUCUAGUAUAGUAAGCAAUAGUACAAAAAUAUGCAAUAUGGCAAUUUUAACACCAGCUAAAAGGGCUCUGAGAAAAGAGAUCAAGGAUAUUCUUAAAAACAUAAGCAUAGAAGAAAGAAAGGAGCAAUCUGCAAUCGUGUUUAAAAAGCUGUGUCAUUUGAAGCAAUAUCAGGAGAGCACGAGAAUUUCCUUGUACUUGAGUACUACGGAUGAAAUCGAUACUCUGCCAAUCUUGAAAGACAUAUUCGAUAGGGGAAAAGAAGCAUUUGUACCACAGUAUCAUGGAAAAACUAUGGAAAUGGUGAAACUUAAGUCCAUGAAGGAUUACGAGGCAUUGCCACUGACAAAAUGGAACAUUAAACAACCAAGCGCUACUGAGCAUCGUGAAAACGCAUUAGAAACAGGUGGAUUAGAUUUAGUAAUUUUACCAGGUGUUGCUUUCACAAUAAAUGGAAAACGUUUGGGGCAUGGAAUGGGUUACUACGACAAGUACUUAAAAAGAUGUUUCAAAAAUCAGACGAUAAGGCCAUAUCUAGUUGCAGUUGGAUUUAAAGAACAAAUACAAGAAGACAUUCCUGUUAAUGAAAAUGAUGUACCUGUUGACAUCGUACUUACGGGACAAUAAAUAAUGUAAUAAAAAAAAUAUGCAACUUUA